ACCAUUAAGGUCUCGGCCUCUUCUCUGAAUCCAAAGCAUUUUUACUUGGUCUUGUCUCGGUAUCAGACUGGGUGGACUCCAGAUUUUCAAAAAAGACCGGUCAAGAUCACCACUGAGUUUUUCCACGUCAUCACUGUGAUUAGAAGGAAAAUGCCUCUGUCUAAAAGAUUAAAUGACUUCAAUUCAUUUGAAGUUUGUUUUUUAUCCCUCGGUUACAUCCACAACUUUCCCGGUGUUAUGGUCUAAGUGAGUGACAGGCCCCCUAAACACAAGAUGAUGAUUUCGUAGUAAUGUAGUAACAGCAUUCUCAAGAAAAGAGAGUCAGAUAACAUCCUGCUGAUAAAGAAAGGUGGAUUUACGACUUCCCACGUGUCACGCCUCUGUCACGGACAUUUAAAGCUGCUACUGCACAUCAUCACGUCAUUCACACCAGAGAGCUGAAGCUGGACUGACUGUAAUCAGAGAGCAAUAUCAAGAGGAAACAUCUGCUUGACUAAGUCAUCUUCAGAAAACGACUGAGAGGAAGAAACAGCAGAAAGAUGAGUGCUGCUCAGAGUCAAACCACACUGGAGUCCCUGCAGUGCCACUUCACCUGGGACCUGGACCGCAGCAGGCCAGAACUGUUACGCCUCACGCACAAGAUGGAGGACUUCAGCACAGAGGAGGGAAACAAAUGGCUGGGCCACAUUUACAACCUGUGGGGGUUCAUUCAGUAUAAGCUGGGGUUAAAUGAAGAGGCUAAGAGUUUGUUCCAGAAGGCUGCAGAAACCCUCAACAAGCUAAGAGAUGCAGAUGAGGGUCCUUGGUUAGUUGUGAACUACGGGAACCUGGCCUGGCUGCACCACCACCUGGGAGAUCUAGUAGAGAGUCAGGCUUACCUGUCAAAGAUUGAUGCCCUGAUGGAAAAAUACCCAUCUCCAUCCCAGGACGAGCUCCAUCCAGAGAUCUACGCUGAAAAGGCCUGGACCCUGAUAUACUUUGGAAAGGAUAGGAAGCUGGUUGUUGAUUACUACGAGAAAGCUGCCAGGAUGCAGCCGGACAUGGUGGAGUGGAACACCGGCUAUGUCUUAGCGUUAGUUGAUGAUCAUGAGCAUAACCACAACACAAACCUAGACCCUGACCUCUUGGAGAAAAUGAGACAAGCCAAGGAACAGGAUCCAGAGAACUUGUACCUCGCUGUGCUCUACCUUGAGCAACUUGCUAAUAAAAGAGGACCCAUUAAAGAUGAAGUCUGUGAGUUGGUUGGAAAUGUGAGCACUCUGUGGUGCAGUGGCAGUGGCAUGUGGGCCUUACUAAACCUUUACAUAAAAUACAUAACAGUUGAUGACGCCAUUGAUUUGGCAGAGAAAGUUCUGAAAGAACAUCCAGAUGUGCGUUAUCUGAAGAAAUGUGUUGCGCUCUGCUACAGAUGGAAGAUUAUUUAUAAAAGCAGAAAUUGCCCUGAUGACACGGUGGACAGAGCAAUCGCUCUCCACGAGGAGUUGCUCUCUCUUUACCCUCAUGCUGCACUCAAAAAGGAAACAGAUCUCGCAUCUAUCUAUGCAAAGUCAAGUCACAGCAAGGCCAAAGCUGAGCAGAUAUUUCAGAAGCUGCUCGACAAUGAACCUGCAGAACCUGCCGACAAACAGAUGCUUUACAACAUAUAUGCAAAUCAUUUAUAUUUUAAUCGAGAAGACCACCACAGGUCGGUACAGUAUCACAUGAAGGCAGCAGCAAUACCAGAAAAAUCCUACUUCCAUGACAACAGCAUGAGAAUCCUGAAAAAUUUAGGCAAAUUUAGGGGGAACAAUUAUGUCCAAGCAAAAGAAAACAACAACUAAUUUUUACAAAGGCGUAUUGCUUCCACGUGGUAAUAAAGAGCAACAGAAUCCUGGAGAAGAAUGAAAAACAGGAGGGGGGACAAUUCUGCCAGGGUGUCCAAAAAAUAAGGAUAAAAACUGACUAAAAACAAAUUUCCUGCCCUUCAAAACUAUUUGAAGUAAAUUAAAGGAAGGUUUAUUUUUAUUAUUUUCUUAAUUAUUUUUAUUUUAUUUUAUUUUAUUCGUUUAUUUAGAGAUAGGACAGUGGAUAGAGUUAGAAACAGGGGAGAGAGAGAGAGUUGGGAACGACUUCCUAAUUCAGGACGGAGUUCCCUUCAUGACAUCACAAAGGGCAGUAACCCCUCCCCCAGGUGGGUGACACUCCCACAGCUAGGUGUUUGUUCUG